CCCUCCCCUCCCUCCGCGGCGGCUGAAGGCAAAGCGGGAAAAGUCGGGCGCACCUGGGCUGCAACGGGGCCCGGAUCCACUUCUGCUGCGUGGAGCCGCUCCUGUCAGGCUCCGCCGCAGCACGGGCCCUUCUUGACCUCCUCCACCGGCCAUACGAGUCUGUUCCGGCUGGGGGCGAGGAAGGUGACCCCUGCCUCGUUCGGACACCACGAGAUUGUCCUCCAUCUUCCUGUUCUCCAGCCUUUGAAGCACAAUCGCCUGUCCCCACCCCCAGUACCUCGCGUUUUCUCACCCCCUGCCUCUCUCGCACCGUCGCAGGGCAAAGCAAGGUGUGUCCACCUGUGCCCGCGGUUCAGGAUUAGACGCUGACCGGCAGCAUCGCGGAAGGCUGCGAGGCCUAGGAUUCGCCUCUCUCCAGGUUCUCCUUCGAUCUCCCCUCCCCCCUCGUAAGAAGACUGUUACGAUGCCCAUGGUAACUCGGAGGCUUAGAGAUCCUGAUGUAAAUCCUUGCUUGUUGGAAUCUGAUGCUUCUACCAGAUGUAUGGAUGAAAAUAACUAUGACCGGGAAAAGUGUUCCAUUUACUUCUUGAAAUACAAACACUGUCGGAAAUUCUGGAAUUCUAUCAUGGUCCAGAGAAGACAGGAUGGAGUGAAGCCAUCUAUGCCUACAGCAGCAGAGAGGGACGAAAUCUUGGGAGCAAUGGGAAAGAUGCCCUAUUGAAGUUGCAUUAAAAUUGGUUAUGUAACUUA